GUGUGGGCACUGCCAGAGGCUGCAGCCUACUUGGAACGAACUUGGAGACAAGUACAACAGCAUGGAAGAUGCCAAAGUCUACGUGGCUAAAGUGGACUGCACGGCCAACUCAGACGUGUGCUCCGCCCAGGGGGUCCGAGGAUACCCCACCUUGAAGUUUUUCAAGCCUGGCCAAGAAGCUGUGAAAUACCAAGGUCCCCGGGACUUCCAGGCACUGGAAAACUGGAUGCUGCAGACGCUGAACGAGGAGCCCGCUACACCAGAGCCAGUAGUAGAACCACCCAGAGCCCCUGAGCUUAAGCAGGGGCUGUAUGAACUUUCAGCGAGCAACUUCGAGCUGCACGUCGCACAAGGCGACCACUUUAUCAAGUUCUUUGCUCCAUGGUGUGGUCACUGCAAAGCUCUGGCUCCGACCUGGGAGCAGCUGGCCCUGGGCCUCGAACAUUCCGAAACUGUCAAGAUUGGCAAGGUGGACUGCACACAGCACCAUGAGCUCUGCUCGGGAAACCAGGUCCGCGGCUACCCCACGCUCCUCUGGUUCCGGGACGGUAAGAAGAUUGACCAGUACAAGGGAAAGCGGGAUCUGGACUCGCUGAGAGAAUACGUGGAAUCACAGUUCCAGAACGCGGACAGGGGUGCCCCAGAGACCCCGCCCUCGGAGGCCCCAGUGCUGCCUGUAGAGCCCAAGGCUGACAAGGGCGCUGUGUUGGCACUCACGGAAAAUAACUUUGAUGACACUAUUGCAGAAGGAUUGACCUUCGUCAAGUUUUAUGCUCCAUGGUGUGGCCACUGUAAGAAUCUGGCUCCUACCUGGGAAGAACUCUCUAAAAAGGAAUUCCCUGGCUUGGCAGAGGUCAAGGUCGCUGAAGUGGACUGUACUGCUGAACGCAAUAUUUGCAACAAGUACUCGGUACGAGGCUAUCCCACAUUGUUGCUUUUCCGCGGAGGAAAAAAAGUCAGUGAGCACAGUGGGGGCAGAGACCUUGAAUCGUUGCACCACUUUGUUCUGAGCCAGGCGAAAGAUGAACUAUAAAGACGCAGGUGACGUCGCCUCUCCUGCCGGGCCCCUGGACCGAGCGGAGCAGCAUCAGGUGGUGGUCACUCAGAAAGUGGAAUGAACCGAACUUGUGGUAUCUUUGUGUGUUUUUAAGCCAACGCUCUCUACAGAUUCUUUAUUAAGUUUCUCUAAGUAAAUAUGAUCCCUUUGCAAACUAAGUAUUUUCAGUGGAAUCUAUCAUCCUCUUUAACCUUCUCUUGAUGGAAUCUAAAUGGCUUCCUUUGAGACUAAAAUAGAGUUGAGGAAAAUCAACUUGCUGGACUGUGUUUGGCUCCUGAGUGAUUUUGGUGAAAGCAUCAUCCAAAGCAUAGUUUGAACUGCCCACGAGCCUGGAAAGGUGGCUGUGUGGCAAUACUGACGUUCCUCUGAUCUCAAGGUCACAGCUGACUUAAGGUGGCUGGUCUGUGCUUGAAGCAGAUUUAAAAACAAAACCCCACAACUCUAGAAGAUAUCUUCACGGCCACUCCUGGAUUUUGUUUUUGUUAAUACUUCUCUCCUGGCAAGAGGUUUGCCUUGAUGAAAGCAAUGGUACUUUUGACAUGUGCCUGAGUAAGUUAACACUGAUGCCAUAAUCUUACAUGUAUGUCGACAUUUGUCAAGUCAGUUAUUACUGUUCAAGGGAUACUUGUUUGUUUUUCAUGGGUGAAAGAUUUCAUUAGCUAUGUUAACAUUAAGUCAGGAUCCAUGUGAAGAUUUAAAGUCCACGUUUAAGUCCAUGUUUAAGAUUUGAUAUCUCCCGUGGAAAAUGUGGGCAUGAAAAGCUCCACAAGGCUCAUCCUGACUGUUCCGUUAACUCAGAAAUAUUCUGGUCGUUCCUGUCACCGGGGGAAGAAGACUAGAUGAGCUGGUCCGGGUCGGGCUAUCGGGGCCUAGGGGACUUGGCAGCCCCGCUACAGGGCCCUGGUGAGGCAGUUUCAGUUCUCCUAGUUCGUCCCUUUAGAGACUCACUGGACAUUGUCUGCCUUCAAGGAGGUUGACCCUCUGCUGUAUGAAGAGUGGGGUUAACUUGCCCCUAAGACCAAAGAAUGAAGUAGGCAGGGCUGAGUCAGAGCUGAAGCAGGCUGUGCUUCCGUCAGAGCUCGCGCCGUCGUAAUUCACGCCACCUGGUCGUCAAACAUUUUACCGUCACCCUCAGAAGUAACCAACCAUAGGACUAGGCUCCCUUAAGAUACAUACCUGUAUGUUCUUUGCCAUCAAGUGACUUUUCACAAUAACCCCUCUGUGUCCACCACUCUUCACCCCACCUCCUGUGCUCGGGGGAGCUAGUCACUUGGCACAAAGUAACUGGUGGUACGAAUCUUAGACAUAAGACCACUUCUGCUGUCUGCGACAGAUGACAACAGAGCAGGAUCUCGACCAGCCUCUGCCUUAAAGGAAAUCUUUAUUAAUCGUGUGCGGUUCACAGGUGUUCUCUUAAAAAACCCAACUUUUCAGGAGAAGCACAAUCCUCAUGAGUGGCUUCCACUUUGCAUCACGAGUCUUGUAUUGAAAGAAAAUCGAAGUGGUACAAUUUGUUUACACUAUGAUACUUUCUAAAUAAACUCUUUUUUUAAAAAAA